AACUUAUUAAAUAGAAUGGGACUGUAAAUAUUUCGUAAAUAAUUAAAUGGCUGGCCCUAAUGCAAAUGGUGAAAGUUCUGGGGCUCGGCGGAGAAAAGAGAUCGAACUGACAGUUUACUACAGUCUUCCUAGAAAUAGAUUUCUAAAUUAUGUUCGACUGUUCAUGAUCGUGCAUAUAUGCACUGUAGUCAUCUUGUUCACGAUAGCCACGGCAAAAACAGGACUGAGCGCUUCACUUGAUUUCUCUGGGUCAUUUUCGGAAAUCGCCGUUGAUGUUCAGCUCGUGGUCAUUGCCUUGUUUCUAUCAUCUCUUUGCAUUCACUGGAAGCUAGAAUCAGUCGCCAUUCAGCUUUCCGAGGAACCAUUCAAUUGCAUUAUGAGAAAUCGAAGACGCGUUUUGCAUUUCUUAGACACCUUCUUUUCUUCAUUGGCGUUUAUUUACACUACGGUGAAAUGUGUCAUCGUUUAUCUGGAUGAUUUCAGAAAUGAGGACAGUGGCAGCAAUGAUACUGAUGAUGCUCUCUGGAACAAGUACUUGAUGGCUAUAUUGGCAGUUGUCCUUUUUGCAACGUGUUGUCACAUUGUAAUAUCAGUGCUGCUUAUUUGGAAGCUAAAUGACAUCUUCAGAAUGGUGCAGGAUCCACAAAAUGUACACUUCUAUGACAAGCGGGGCAUUGAAGUAGAUGAGAAGGGACACUCUUUACUGUUGUCCAGACGCACAAAACUCACCUCAAAACUGUCCAGAGUUACUGCACUAGCAUACCCAGAGUGGAAGCUGCUCUCAGUGGGGACAAUCAGUCUACUUCUUGCUAGCGCUUCUUCUCUCCUUCUGCCCUUCUUCUUCGGGGAGAUCAUAGAUGACGCAACCAACCCUAAUAACGACAACCUGAACAGAAACAUCAUGAUUCUGACAAUAAUAGCGGUGUCUGGAUCUCUGUUCUCACUUGUCAGGGGAUGGGCUUUUAAUCUGGCUGGCUACAAUUUGGUCAGCAGAAUGCGGCAGGAUCUGUUCGAAGCCAUUAUCAGACAGGAGAUAGGCUUCUUCGAUGUCUCAAGAGUGGGCGAGCUGACCAGCCGUCUCUCUUCGGACACUUCCGUCAUUCAGAGCAGUAUCACAGUCAAUAUUUCAAUGGUGCUGCGGUACUCUAUCCAGAUAGUGGCCUCUGUGGUUGUGAUGUUCUGGCUCUCUGCUCCCCUCACCGGAGUUCUCCUGUCUGUAGUCCCACUUGUAGCAGUCGGGGCUGCACAAUAUGGUCGUUUCUACGCACGUAAAGUGAAGCACUUCCAAGAUGCUCUAGGAAUAGCAAACACUACGGCCGAAGAGUGCCUGAGCAAUGUGAGGACUAUUCGCAGCUUCGCCUGUGACGCCAAGGCCUGUGAGAAGUACAAUGAGGACAUCGAUAAUUCUCUCAAAAUUGGACGAACGCUCUCUUUCAUAUAUGGGGCAUUUCAAGGAGUGGUGUCUUUGUUAGUGCAAUGUGCAUUGGUGCUAGUUUUGUGGUACGGGGGAAAAUUGGUUCUGGAACAUUCGAAAGAUUCGACCAAAGGAAUCUCAAUUGGUCAUCUGUCUUCUUUCAUGAUGUACUCUCUGGGCGUGGCGAUGGCCUUCGCCUUUCUCAGCAGUGUGUUUGGAGACAUGAUGAAGGCAGUGGGUGCGAGUACUAGACUGUUCCAACUGGUGGACAGACAGCCGGCCAUCGAACAGAGAGGAGUUGUACGCAUUGAGGAGAGUGAGCUGGAGGCUAAAAUUGACUUCGACAGUGUCACCUUUGCGUAUCCUGUCAGACCCACCAAACAUGUCCUAUCAGGUAUUUCGUUCAGCGUGGAAGCGGGUCAAACAGUGGCGCUGGUCGGUCCAUCUGGUGGGGGCAAAUCUACUUGCAUCAAUCUGCUGCUUCACUUCUACGAACCAUCCUCGGGAGUACUCAAAUUCGGAGGCGUAGAUAUUCGCGACUUGGACUGGGAUUGGUUCCACGAACAGGUAGCUGUCGUGUCUCAAGAGCCGGUUUUGUUCGGAUACUCUGUGCGAGAGAACAUUGCUUUCGGGAAGAAGGCAACCAACGAAGAGGUGGUGGAGGCUGCGAAACUAGCGAAUGCACACGAUUUCAUAUCUAGUUUGGAAAAUGGCUACGACACACUAGUGGGUGAAAGGGGAGUGCGACUAUCGGGUGGACAGAAGCAAAGAGUGGCGAUAGCUCGUGCACUCAUCAUGAACCCCAGAGUCCUGCUUCUAGAUGAGGCCACUAGUGCACUGGAUGCGGAGAGUGAGGCCAUAGUUAAAGAGGCCAUAGACAGAGCCAUGAUAAAUAGAACAGUGUUGGUGAUAGCACAUAGACUGUCUACUGUUAAACACGCAGAUAUGGUGAUUGUGAUUGAAAACGGAAGUAUAUCCGAAAUGGGGACCCACGAAAAACUCCUAGAGAAAGAAGGAGUGUACAAGAAACUAGUGAUCCACCAACUCAUGGAAACAGGCACCGCCUAUGAGUCAUCAAUGAAAGAACGAACUAAUGAAAUAAAUGUUAUUACAACUGAACAUCAGGCCACUAUGAACCAUGUUACACAAGCAGAGGUGAAUGAAGUUCAAAAUUGCGAUGGAACUCCGUUCCGCCUGGAGGAGUCUAAUGACGAGAGUUCACAGCUGCUUGCUCAUGAGAGUAGGGUAGAUAUUUCCGGUUUCUCAGCCACUCAACCUCAAGGUCACAAUGUUAUUUAACAGAUGAAGCUGAAAUUAUUCAAGACUGUGAACUAUCGGCUGAACUCUAUUCUAAUCUGAAUACCUACCCUAAUUGAUGCCAAAAUUUAUCAUAUUUGAAGCUACUGAACGUGGUAUAGUUCAAUAAGAGCGUUAACUGUUUUUCGAU